AUGAAUGUGUUUAAAAAGCACCCUAGUCCUUCUUCUGCACUCUUUCGAAGAUCUAUGUCAGAGCAGGGUGGUGACUCUACUAAGGUCAGAGCUAGCUUGAAGGGCUAUCAUUGGUGCCACCAAGUGAAAAGCAAGAGGAUGUAUGAAGAAGGAGGUUUGGAUUUUGGCAAGCUGCUUGGAACCUACCGGUGGCAGACUCAUCCCAGACUUCACUGGAAGGUGAACAAGAGAGCAGAUGCACGAAAGACUGCUGAACAGCCCUUGAGGGUGGACACUUCAAUUGCUGAUGGUCACAAGGAAGACCCAGAAGAGAAAGUUGCCAUGCCAGCAACAAGGCCAUUUCGGGUACCUUUCUGCAGGUCUAUAUCUGAACCUGCACCACAUUGGAGAGAGAGAAGUACAAAACCACUUCUUCAGCCAGAGGGUGGUGAACAGGACAAUUAUUUCAUUCGUGGCUUCUUCUCUACAAUCUCCAGCAGCUUUUCUAAGGUGCUGAAUCGCAAAGGAGAACAGAGUGCAACAAUGACAAAUGAAGGAGUGGAGAAUGAUGAGAUGGAUUUGACUGCAGAUGUGAAAGGACCACCAACCCACCGGCUUUCUUGUGGCCAAUCCCCUGAUUCAGAAACUAUAAUAUGGGAAACAAAGUAUUCCAUUCUGACUGACAGCCAGCUUGUGCUGCUGAACAAGGAGAAGGAGAUGGCUGUCGAAGGAGGGCAGGAACAGGCAGUAGAGCCUUCCAAAGGGCGUUGUCUGCGCCGUACAGUGAGCGUCCCUUCGGAGGGUCAGUUUCCUGAGUAUCCACCAGAGGGGGCUACUAAACUUGAGGUCCCAGCAGAGAGGUCUCCUCGCAGACGGAGUAUCUCAGGGACAAGCACAUCAGACAAAACCAACCCCAUGGAUGCAUCAAACACAUCUCCAUUCAAAGUUCCGGGCUUCUUCAGUAAACGGCUUAAAGGCUCAAUCAAAAGAACAAAGAGCCAAUCAAAGUUGGAUAGGAAUACUAGUUUCCGCCUUCCAUCUCUUCGGCCCCCUGAUGACAGGUCCCGUGGAUUACCAAAGCUGAAAGAGUCCCGUUCCCAUGAAUCCUUGCUGAGUCCAGGCAGCGCUGUAGAGACUCUAGAUCUUGGAACAGAAGAAAGAGUCUUCGUCAAGCCACUUCAUAGCAGUAUACUUGGUCAAGACUUCUGCUUUGAGGUAACUUACUCCAGUGGCAGUAAAUGCUUCAGCUGCUCUUCUGCCGCGGAAAGAGACAAGUGGAUGGAAAACCUACGUAGGGCAAUACAGCCUAACAAGGAUAACUGCCGGCGAGCUGAGAAUGUAUUGCGUCUUUGGAUCAUUGAAGCCAAGGACUUGGCCCCCAAAAAGAAGUACUUCUGUGAAUUGUGCUUGGAUGAUACUUUAUUUGCCCGCACCACAAGCAAAACAAAAGCUGACAAUAUCUUCUGGGGUGAGCACUUUGAGUUCUCUGGCCUCCCGCCCAUUUACAGCAUCACUGUCCACAUCUACAAGGAUGUUGAGAAGAAAAAGAAAAAGGACAAAAAUAACUAUGUUGGUCUGGUCAACAUUCCCAUAGCCAGUGUGACUGGUCGACAGUUUGUGGAGAAGUGGUACCCCAUCAGCACACCAACACCCAAUAAAGGGAAGACAGGGCCAUCCAUCCGGAUAAAGUCUAGAUACCAGACUAUCACCAUCCUCCCCAUGGAGCAGUACAAAGAGUUUGCGGAAUUUGUUACUAACAAUUAUACUGUGUUGUGCUCUGUUUUGGAGCCAGUGAUCAGUGUCCGGAACAAAGAGGAAAUGGCCUGUGCUUUGGUGCACAUUCUUCAGAGCACUGGCAGAGCCAAGGACUUCUUGACCGAUCUGGUGAUGUCAGAGGUAGAUCGCUGCGGGGAACAUGAUGUGCUGAUCUUCAGGGAGAAUACACUGGCCACCAAAGCCAUUGAGGAAUACCUCAAACUGGUGGGACAAAAGUACCUGCAAGAUGCACUUGGUGAAUUUAUCAAAGCUCUAUAUGAAUCAGAUGAGAACUGUGAAGUGGAUCCCAGCAAAAGUUCACCUAGUGAAUUGGCUGAUCACCAGGCCAACCUCAAAAUGUGUUGUGAACUGGCCUUCUGCAAGAUCAUCAACUCCUACUGUGUCUUUCCUCGGGAGCUGAAGGAGGUGUUUGCAUCGUGGAAGCAGCAGUGCCUCAACAGGGGGAAGCAAGAUAUCAGUGAACGCCUGAUCAGUGCCUCACUUUUUCUCCGUUUCCUGUGCCCAGCCAUUAUGUCGCCAAGUCUCUUCAACCUCAUGCAAGAGUACCCUGAUGACCGUACCUCUCGGACGCUCACGCUAAUAGCAAAGGUCAUCCAAAACCUAGCAAACUUCACGAGAUUUGGGAACAAAGAAGAAUAUAUUACAUUUAUGAAUGACUUUCUAGAGCACGAGUGGGGAGGCAUGAAACGCUUCUUGGUAGAAAUUUCUAACGCGGACACAAUCUCCAAUACGCCAGGAUUUGAAGGAUACAUAGAUCUGGGAAGGGAGAUUGCUGUCUUGCAUUCCUUGCUCUGGGAAGUUGUAUGUCAGCUGGACAAGGGUGAAAAUUCCUUCCUACAGGCGACGGUAGAAAAACUGGGACCCUUGCCACGCAUUCUCACAGACAUCGCGAAGGCUGCAACAAACCCUACACCGAUCCAGCAGCAGCUGAGACGUUUGGCGGACCACAACUCAAGCCCCAAUGUCAGCCUCUCCUCAGGGCUGCAAAAAAUAUUUGAGGAUCCUACUGACAGUGAGCUCAAGUUGAAGUCUCCACCCCAAGAAAAUGAAGGCUAUUUCAAAGGCAAGCUGCUUUUGAUCCAGCAGUCCUCAUCACGGAGCAUGACUUAUUCGGACAAAGGCGAUGAGACUAACCUGCCCAACGUCCGAAGCAUAUCCCUGAUGGAUCUCCAGGAUCCCAAUGUCACACAGUGUGAUUCUGGAUCCAUAACACAUGAUGCUCCUGUCCGUUUAACCGGGAGUCAGCUCUCAGUCAUCCAGGUGGCGAACAUCAAACAGCUCCAUAGCACACCACAGAGCGCCCCCCAGGUCAGGAGGCCUCUGCUGCACUCUGCACUGAACCAGCAGGGCAGUCUACAGCCCCUGUCCUUCCAGAACCCCGUGUACCACCUCAACAACCCUCCUCAGCCAAUGCCAAAGGUGUCCAUGGACUCCAGCUUGGAGAACCUGAGCGUCACCAGCUCCCGAAGCCAGAAUAGCGAAGACCUUAAACUCAGUGGACCCAGCAACAGUAGCAUGGAGGACUUCACCAAACGCAGCACGCAGAGCGAAGAUUUUUCCCGGCGAGGCACAAUGCUGGACAAACAUGUACCCCUUGCUUUGCCUCGCCAGAACAGCACUGGGCAGGCCCAAAUCCGCAAGAUGGACCAAGCGGGGCUGGGUGCGAGGGCCAAAGCGCCCCAGUCGCUUCCCCACAGUGCUUCUCUGCGGAGCACGGGGAGUACGUCUGCAGCGUCUGCCACAAUGGCAGCGGAGCCCCUUCAGAAUGGGAAUCGCUCCCGGCAGCAGUCCUCCUCCUCCCGGGAGAGCCCAGUUCCCAAAGUGCGGGCGAUCCAGCGACAGCAGACACAGCAGGUUCAGUCGCCUGUGGACUCUGCCACAAUGUCGCCUGUGGAAAGGACAGCCGCUUGGGUCCUAAACAAUGGGCAGUAUGAAGAAGAAGAGGAAGAUGCUGAGCAAAACCAAGACGAAGCAAAGCACGCCGAAAAGUACGAGCAAGAGAUAACCAAGCUCAAGGAUCGCCUGAAGGUGUCAAGUCGCCGUCUGGAGGAGUAUGAGCAGCGUCUCCUGGUGCAGGAGCAGCAAAUGCAGAAGCUAUUGAUGGAGUACAAGGCCAGGUUAGAAGACAGCGAGGAGCGGCUGCGAAGGCAGCAGGAGGAGAAGGAUACCCAAAUGAAGAGCAUUAUCAGCAGGCUAAUGGCAGUUGAAGAGGAGCUGAAGAAGGACCAUGCAGAGAUGCAGGCAGUCAUUGACACGAAGCAGAAAAUAAUUGACGCACAGGAAAAAAGGAUCCUCUCUCUGGAUUCAGCCAACACGCGGUUGAUGAGCGCCCUGACACAAGUGAAGGAACACUACAGCAUGCAGGCCCGGAACGGCAUCUCCCCCACCAACCCCACCAAGCUUUCCAUCACGGAGAACGGUGAAUUUAAAAACAGCAGCUGCUAACAGCAACCUUCUCGCAGUGACAGAACGGCCAGCUCCUCCUUUCUCUCACCCCGCUCGACGCCUGGCCAUCCGGCUCCCUUGGGGCUCCCCAGAGCUGCCUGUUUCAGAGCAGGAGGCUUCUGGGGGAAUUGGAGGAUGCGGGUGCAGGGUCUGUGACAAUUCCCUGGCUGGCCGCCACACACGGCUGCAGACCUGCCUGGGGUCCCUUUCAAAGUUGCAACUGAUACUCAGGACCACCUUCUCAAGUUUCACGUUGCUGAAUGUCCACCCUGCCUCUCAGGUGUUUGGAGCAUGACAGCAGCAGAGCCUCUGAUCUGCUUGGUUGUAAACCAGACGGGCAUCAACCAUCGCCUGCCUAGAACAGGCUGCUAUAUGCUAUAUUCUAGCUGGCGGAGAGGGGCCUUGAGAAGUCAGUGCCUGCUGAAGAGCAGGGCAAACAUACUCUAGACAAACUAGCCAGCUAGCUUUGGAGGACAACGCUUCCCUUUGGUUGUAACAUUGAACAGAGGGCCCUUCAGGACUGGAUCCUUGUGUGACUAUGCAGCGAUAGCAGGUUCAGGGGAGUCCUGGCAUUUCAAGUGCUGCAUUGGUCACUCUCCUCACAUCCCCAUUUCCCAAGUGUCUCUAGAGCUUCCUGCUUUAAAGUGGGAUAUUUUGUGAAGAGUUGGAGAGAGCACAAAGAGAGGCCAUCUGUGGAAUCUCCUCUCCUGGUCAAGGGAGGACAUGAGCGUCUUUCUUCACCUGCCCCAGCCCUGCUCCCAAGGCAUCCACCCAGACUGUUUGCACAUUGUCAGGGGCCGUUCCUUCCACUCCAUGACUACAAAGCAUUCCCCCCCCCCCAUCCAAAUAUGAAAGGCUGUUUCUCUUUUUAUUUAUUGGGUGUUGGGUUUUGUUUUUGUUUUUUACUUUUAUUGAAAAUUUUAAGGUUUUUAGUGAUAGAGUAUGUAAAUUGCACCCAUAAAAUGAACAAACCCUUCUGUUUAGUUUGUUAAUUGCCUACAUUAAAGCAGUAUUUGUGAUUGUA